UUGCCAUAUAUUAUAUGUUUUUCAGUACAGUUGGAUGUCAUCCUACAAGAUGUGAUGAAUUUGAAAAGAAUAAUCCUGAUAUUUCCUUAAUGGAGUUGCUAAAUCUUGCUGAAAACAACAAGGGGAAAGUUGUAGCAAUAGGGGAAUGUGGACUCGAUUUUGACCGACUACAGUUUUGUCCCAAAGAUACUCAGCUCAAAUAUUUUGAAAAACAGUUUGAACUGUCAGAUCAGACAAAAUUACCCAUGUUUCUUCACUGCCGAAACUCUCAUGCUGAAUUUUUGGACAUAAUGAAAAGAAAUAGAGAUCGGUGUGUAGGGGGAGUAGUGCAUUCAUUUGAUGGUACCAAGGAAACAGCAGCUGCUUUGGUUGACUUGGAUCUCUAUAUAGGAUUUAAUGGUUGCUCACUGAAAACUGAGGCUAAUUUGGAAGUUUUGAAGUCAAUACCUAGUGAAAAAUUAAUGAUUGAGACUGAUGCACCUUGGUGUGGAGUCAAAAGUACACAUGCUGGUUCAAAAUAUGUAAAAACGUCAUUUCCUACCAAAAAGAAAUGGGAAAAUGGGCACUGUUUGAAAGACAGAAAUGAACCUUGCCAUAUAAUUCAAAUACUGGAGAUAAUGGCAGCAGUAAGAGAUGAGGAUCCACUGGAAUUAGCCAAUGAGCUAUACAAUAAUACCAUUAAAGUAUUUUUUCCUGACAUGUAAUUGGUAUGUAUUUUCCGUCAUGUAUGUGAAAUUUCAUGGUAAAACUUAGUUUCAAUAAAGGAAUUCUCUGGAAAAAAAAAAA